AUGGGUUCCUUCCCUAAGCAUCUCAUCUUCAUCCUGAUGGUGGUUGCACUUUCAGUACUCCUCACGGAUAUUCAUCCAUGCGAGGGACGACAAGUAGAUCAGUCGCCACAACGGAUCAUACUCCAGAAUGGUCUCGCCAACUCGGCCAAGCUCACGGUCCGUUGCUGGAGAAGGGAUAACAAGUCUGACCUCGGAACUCACGUUGUCGCGCCAGGGAGAUCUUACGAGUUCCGUUUCCGGCUCAAUAAGACGCUCAAUGUAGCAAUAUAUGCCUGCAGCUUUCGGUGGCCACCAAAGAGGUCCGAGCAGUUUGACGUAUACGAUCAGCUCGUAGACCUCAAUCAAGUGUUCGAUGUCAUCACAAAUUCGGGCUGA